AUGGAUUUUGACCUCGAAAACCCUCUUGGAAACUUCCACAACCUUCCGUACGACGUUCUCCCUUCCCUCUUCCUCAUCGAAUCCGAUCACAUCCCUCCACCCAAUUACUGUCAAACUCUCAAAGCCAGCGACUUCGACAUCUCUGUUAGAAGAGAUGUUGUCUCUUUGAUCUCACAGUUGGCCUGCGCCUUCGAUCCAGUUCUUCCUUACCUAGCUAUCAACUACUUGGAUCGCUUCCUCGCUAACCAUGGAAUAUUGCAACCAAAACCAUGGGCAAACAAGCUUCUUGCAAUCUCUUGCUUUUCUUUAGCGGCCAAGAUGCUGAAAGCAGAGUACUCUGCUACUGAUGUCCAGGUUCUUCUGAAUCAUAGUGAUGGCGGUACCAUUUUCGAGACACAAACAGUUCAAAGAAUGGAGGGCAUUGUCUUGGGGGCUCUCCAGUGGCGAAUGCGUUCGAUCACCCCCUUCUCUUUCAUUCCUUUCUUCGUGAAUUUAUUCAGGCCCACAGACCCGGCAUUGAGACAGGUUCUGAAGGAUCGAGCUUCUGAAAUCAUACUCAAGUCACAAAGAGAGAUAAAGGUCUUGGAAUUCAAACCAUCUAUAGUUGCUGCGUCAGCCCUUCUGUAUGCUUCACAUGAGUUGUUUCCCUUCCAAUAUCCAUGUUUCUUGGGAGCAAUAUCCGAGUGUUCAUAUGUUAACGAAGAAACUGUGGUGCAAUGUUUUAAUGUGAUACAAGACAUAGCCAGGGAGGAGUACGAAUCUGUGUUGAAUAUAAAUUCAACUUCAGACACACCGGUUAAUGUGUUAGACGAACAUUUUCUGAGCUUGGAAAGUGAAAAAACCAACGGAGCGACGCAAGAGCAGGAGUUCAAAAGAAGGAAAACCGCCGAUUAUGGCAACGAACGCACGGUACCGUUUUCUCAUUUUCAUCAAUGCUGA